UCGCGACACAAAACACCCUCUGCUCUGAGCCAGGGCUCCGAAUAGCGUAGCGCAUCGCGACCAGAACUCGACCAGAACUCGAACUGAAUUUGCGCUGAGGUAUCAUACGCGCUGGACAAAUUCUCACCUUCGCCGAGUUGUCGCGCUGCGUGAUUCGGAACUGUGCUCUGAGCUCAUUUGAAUGAGGCAACCUCAAGAGCUUCCUCCUGUUUGUUGCUUUCUAACAACCUGGAAGACGACCUCUGAGAAGGAGUUUACGAGCUUGUACUUGUUUAAUACCAACAUCACUCAACUCGCCUCAUCUCGAGGGACUGUUGAAUGUACUCGUUGGUGUGAAGUGGAGUCUGUCCUUCUAUCCCAACUCUUCUGCGGGCAAAGCACGCCCUUAUAUCUCCUCACACAGUCUUCUCAGGUUUCGAUAAGGUGAACCGAGCGAGCUCAAACGCCUUGGUAGAGCGGGACACGCCGAUUCUUCGUAAUGGCUUCCAUACCAGGAGGAAGUGCUUGGUCCCCGGACUGCCGCUCCAUGAAGAAAUUUGUCAACAAUCGUGAUCUCUUGCUCUGCCUCGGUGAUGUGAUUGGAGACCGCCACCUUCUCAAAUCUCUUCGCCUCACCAGCCGGACCUUCGCCGCCGCCUUUGAGCGCGCUCUCUUCCGUGUCCUCAACCUCUGGAUGGAUUUAUUCCCCCCUCUCCUCUUAACCCUAGCCGAGCAUGCUCACCGUCUCACCGUUCUCGACAUCCAUUGCCGUACCAACCAUCACUAUAAGGACGUGGUACCUUCUGUGCUCUGUAAAUUUAAGGGGCUCAAGGAGCUCAGCUUGCGGGACAUAGUGAGGGAAUGGGACGACUACGCGAAAGCCAUCGCCACCGUUCUGAUUAACUCGCCCAACAUAGAGGCGUUGCGCGUGGCCACCUGGGCGCAAAAUCGAAUCUGGAACGUUGAUGAUUGGAAUCAAUGCUGUAAUUCGUCAGACCCUUGUCCGCAUGCUCUUCUUCCUGCCAUUUGCGAGAAAUUUGUACGCCAGCAAAGAAAAGGAGAGGGCCGGCCAGUGAACGGCGUCGAAAGGACAGAUAUACCACGUCUCAAGCUCCGAGAAGUAACGGUCGACCACCACUCGAUGAGCCGGUUCAUCCUCGAUAUCCCCGAUCCGGAUGGAAAUCGCCAAAACCCACUCUACCUGGAGAAGCUCACCGAUCUUCAAUACCUUGAACGUUUACACAUCGAAAUACCCCCCAUAAACCAUGAAGAAGGCCCUGGUAUCGUCCGCCUCCCGAAUCUCACUCCGGUCAUCGCCCCACGACUGCGAUCAUUGACCAUAUCGCCAGCCCGUCCCCGAGAGUCCCGCAGAUGGCAUAAGUGGGUUCUCGAAAACAACUUUCUUGACUACGCUCGCCAGGUCUCGCUAGGUAGGCUGGAACAUUUCCUCGACAACUCGCGCUUCGAGAACCUCAUACUCGAUUGGUCCGACCGCGUUAAUCCCCAUGAGAGUCUGUACACACUGCUUUACCUCCUAAAGCAACCGGCCACCACGAAAUCUCUCCAACGACUUGAACUCAAUACGCCGGGCGAUUGGACGGAGCUGAUCCCCUCCCUCAAAGACACCGUGUCGCACCUGGGGAAGCUCAAGUAUUUCAAUAUCCACCUGACAGAGUAUUAUCCUCCUCUCUGUCUCUCGUGGGAGGCCUUAAAGCGCGAUAAACAUUUCAGAAAGAUGGUGGCCCUUGCAGAAGACUUCUUUGAGGUGCAACCGAGCCUUCACCUUGUGGAAGUCAACUACUUUCUGUACCAGGUUGUUCGGUGGGGCCCCGGCACCCGUGACUUUCACUUGGUCGAGGUCUUGGAUCGGGAACGGGAGUGGGUUCCUCCAGAAGACACCCCGUGGCAAGGGCCAGAGAAGGACUCCGUGCCUUUCAGAAUGUUGUUAUGA